AGGACUUGGAUGCUUCCGUUCGCCGCUGAGCAUAACGACUGAGGGGCAGCUUUCUUGGCAAAUGCUCGGGAUUUUGCUACUAACCAAUGUCAGGAGAUAGUGAUGGCACCAUUAGAAGUCCCUCUGAGGGAUCGCUCUCGGGAAUUGAGGUUCUUCCAGAUCAGCCAAAGUAUGUGUGCACACUUUCUGCUGAGCUUGUUGCCAAGGCACGUGAAGAGCUGCAGGAAAAACCUGAAUGGCGGCUUCGAGAUGUUCAGGCCCUCAGAGACAUGGUGUGCAAAGACUAUCCUAACCUGGGCACAUGUCUAGAUGAUGCUUUCUUACUUCGGUUUCUUCGAGCCAGGAAAUUCGAUUAUGAUAGGGCACUUCAGCUUCUUGUGAACUACCACUGCUGUAGGAGGAGCUGGCCUGAGGUCUUUACCAACCUGAAACCAUCUGCCAUACAAGAUGUCUUGGAAUCUGGUUUUGUCACUGUGCUGUCUCAUUUAGACACUGAAGGACGCCAUGUUGUCUGCAUUCGUCCAGACAGAUGGACACCAAGUAACUACCCGAUUACUGAAAAUAUUCGUGCCAUAUACUUAACAUUAGAAAAGCUCAUUCAGUCUGAGGAGACCCAGGUGAAUGGAAUUGUAAUCCUUGCAGACUACAAAGGAGUCAGCUUAUCUAAGGCGUCUCAUUUUGGUCCUUUUAUAGCCAAAAAAGUGAUUGGAAUUCUUCAGGAUGGUUUUCCUAUUAGAAUAAAAGCUGUCAAUAUCAUCAAUGAACCUCGCAUAUUCAAGGGCAUUUUUGCCAUCAUUAAACCUUUUCUGAAAGAGAAAAUAGCAAAUCGGUUUUUCCUUCAUGGCUCAGAUCUGAGUUCUCUUCAUCAGAAUCUUCCACCGAGGAUCCUCCCUGAAGAAUAUGGAGGCACUGCAGGGAAGCUAGAUAUUUCUACAUGGAAUGAGUUAUUGCUGGCCUCAGAGGAUGACUUUCUGUAUGAUGUCUCUCAUCUGGCUCUUUCCAAUGACUGUUCACCUCAUGACCCACUGAUGAGUGCAGAGAUUGAUGAGAAGCAAUGUGAUGACUCUUUGCGAAGUUUGAAAACACAGCUUUACUCUUGUUAUUAGAAUGCCAGUGAAAGCUUCUGAAAGGUCACCUUCUUGUUCGCAAAGAGAUUAGGAACUCUGCCUUGUUCCCAGGGCUGUAGACUACGUGGAGAGACAUCUGAGGCACUUUACAUUGGAACCAAAGUAAAUUGAAAGUAGAAGCCAUGGAGAUAGGUGAAGUUGUGUGAGAAUCUAUCAGAUGGGUGCACUUGGGAACAGCUUGAAUAUUUUGUGGUUUAUUAACCCUUUACAAAAGCAGCAUCCCUCUGAGAUUAAAUGUCACACUUGAAUGGGAAUAAAGGAACAUUGCCAACACCAAACUCCUAAGCAUAGUUACUUGAAAGUAAGUUGCAUUAAAAUUAAUGAGAUUUGCUUUCAAAUAAACAAGUUUAGGAUGAGAGUACUAAAUGAGUCUUUCCCAACCAGGUGCCCUCCAGAAAUUUUGGCCUCUUCCUCCCAGGCAUCCUAACUACAGGACAUGCUCCUUGCAACUGAUGGGAGUAGAAGUCUGUCUACUUCAUCUGGAUGGCACCAGGUAGGGGAAGGUUUCCUUUGAUUCUCUCAGGCAGGAAGAGGCCAAACUGGAUUAUAAACUUGACAGUGCAAAAUAUAAUAGUGGAUCAUGCUGUCCUUUUCUGUGGAAAAAGGAACAAAUGUCAUGAACUGUGAGAUAAAGAAUAGUAAGACUAUUUUAUGGCAGAUAAGCUUCUAGUCCAAGAGAUACCUUUUUGGUUGUAAUCUUGAUUCUUUUAUAUAUUGGUUAUUGCUAUCCUUAACAUUAAUUUCCGCUACCCUCACAUACAGAAUUUUGUCUUCUGUAGAAAGUGUUACUACUGAUGUAGAAAACCUUUGACUUGAAAUUUGCAGGAGGUGGCUAGUGCAGUAGUAGUUUGUCAUUAAAGGUCAGUGAAAGCCCAUGCUCAUUCUGCCUCCCAGAGUAUCAAAAGUCUCUGAAUCUCUUUUACACCAUACUUGAACUUGUUCGCCAGAGAGGACUAAAAAAAAAUGGACAUACAUAAUUUUGUAUAAUUCAGUUGUUGGUUAAUACCUUGCUUUAUUUAAAACAGGUCUGGUGUAGGGGAAUACAGAAAUCAGCUAGCUGUAGAUGUCUGUUAAGUAAAGGAAAGAUGCUUGUUGAGGUAUCUUUAUUUUUGGGAAGUAGAGUUUUUGAAUUGUUUCCAUAAACCAAAUGUAGACAGGGUAUUUUACAAGCACAAUAUCUGGUUUGUAAAUGUUUUAAAAAAUUCCCCGUUCGGUGUGGUGUUUGGUCACUUGGACCGCAGUGCUGUUUUGACCUUGGCUUGCUAUGCAAAGGUCACUUUCAGUCUUGUCUGUAGUGUCACCCUUUUUAAUAGAAGUGCUUAGGUCUUCCUUAACUGGUAGCUUAACUUUCAUAAGAAGUGUGUUCUCUCUCUUAGUUACAUAGUAAGCUGUUAUUUUAUCAUCUUGAGUUAAAAACCUUAAACCAUUCUUCACAUUUUACUACAGGAUGAAAUGGGUCUGGACCCCUGCUAGAUGUUCAGUGUGUAUGGGGCAGCAGGUCAACUUACUAUCACCUCAUCUAAUAGCACUUUUGUGGAAGUUCUUACUUAGUGCCAACUAAGACCAGACACUGGUGCUUAUUGUAAAUAUGGAAUAGGGUCUUCAAUAGGUAGACCAUUGUAUUGUUGGUGCCAAACUUGUAUUUUUCUAAACCAUAUAACCACUUGCCUCUGUAUUACCAAAAGCUGAGGCAAUUUUGUCAGUGCUGCUUUGCUUAACCUAGAAUUCUCCUUUUGAGUAUAUAUAUGUGGUAUGUUAAAUGCCAAACCAGGCCAUGGAAUUUGUUUUGCUGUGAAGUACAGCAGAUUUUAUCUCUUAGAGUUCCCUUAUAUUCAGACUUCUCCUACAUUGAUAUGUAAUGCAAAUUGCUUUUUCUUAUGCGAGUCAGCGGGGCCAGGUACACAGGUCUGCCGACCUGUGCAUACAAGGAAGUAGACUUGUUAAUUACAUGAAAGCAAAAAAUAUGUGGAAUGAUAUAUAUCUUUUCUUCUACUGGAAGCGAUAUCCAUUUAUUAAAAAGUGGACUUGAGUAUGGAGGCUAUAACUGAACUAACAUAUGAGGUUUACGUGAUAGCCUAGAAAUCAUGAUGGUUUUAUCCUGCAACUUCCCACCUAAAUGUGGGACUUUAUGCAGAAACUAUUUUGAACAGACCUUAGGUAUUGUUUUCUUUGAGUAGCAGACUUCAGAUACUACUGAAUGCCAACAUUUGUUAUUUUGCAGAAAAAGUUAUAAGCCAAAAACAUUUUAUAUUACCUCUUCCAUGGUGAUGGAACUUGACAUCAUUCCUCAAAAAUCUCUUAUGCAGAAGUUCAAAAAAUAAAACACUUGACCUCUGUUAAGGCUUAUAUAUGGAAAUAUGUUGGGACUUCCCACAAAUUUUAUUCUGGUCCAGUUCUGGUUUAUGUUUUCUCUUUCCUUGCAUUCUUCAUAUUAUUCCAUGUAAUUGGAAUAACCAAAUUCGUAAUGCUUGUAGAGAUAGUAUUUCCUCCUAAAAGAAGCAUACUCUAAACUGACCCCUCUCACAUCCCACAGUGGCACCUCUGACAUAGUGAAGACUUUACAAAAAACUAAGUUUGUUAGUUUGCUUCAGAGGUGUUGGGACAAAUGGGCAAGGAAGUAGGAUAGCAUAAAAAUUUAAAUGUUAGAAGUGGAGAGGGAAAUUUAUGAUAGCGUAUGCUGAGUCUUUACCCAUGAAGAUUCUUUGGCAGUAUUGAUACUUCUAAAAAGAAUCAUUCCAAGCAGAGGAGUACCUGGCCUUGAGCAAGACACAUUGGUAACUUACCACAAUUUUCAAAUUGCCUUUUUCAACAUCAUAGGAAGCAGGAAAAUGGUUACCAUAAAUACUUGAAUUUAUACUGUGGGCUGAACAAGCAUCUGUAAAGUCUGAGCUUUUUUCAGAGGAUGGGUGAAGUGCUUUGUUGCUACUGUUCAAGCUGUUUUGGCAUUUGUCACUAAUUGUUUCAUAUGAAUUUGUUUUGCCUUUUACUGUAUGUAGAAUUCAGGUGUUUGGUUAAAGUAUACACCUUUGGGGGUUUAUUUUUAUAUUGCACUUUAUAAAAUGAAUUGUUUAAGUGUAACUUUAUGCAUGAGCAGAUAUUAAACAAUCCUACUUUAAAA